AUGGAUGUAGCAGUGGUGGAGUAUGGUUCCUGCAAGACGAGACCAUCGGCGCUUUUGAACUCAAUAUUCAUGACGACGGUAAAGGCAGCGGCAAAGAGUCUUGUGGCGGUUGCGUCGAAUGCUAAGGCGACAGACCAACAAUCAGAAAAGUGGAGAGCAACAGACCACAUGAGGUUCAUGUUGAUGCUCAUGACUUGGUUGGCAGUUUGGGUUCUUAGGGUAUUGAUGGAUCACUCUCCUUUUUCUACUGCUUCACUUGAUGAUUUGAUGAUGUUCCCAUCAAUUGGAGCCUCUUCUUCUUUUGAUUUAGUGCUUCAACAAGAUUCCUCUGAUCAUAUACAACCACCUCCUUCUGCUAAAGCUCUUGGUAGAGCUCUCACUCAUGUACGUUGGAGGGAAUUCCAGAUACUAGCGUUGCUAAAUGAAAUACCAGCUUCGUCGAGGAAGUACCAGUUUGCACUGGGUAUGGCUGACAAGAUCAUAGACGAGAACACCAAAUGCGGACACUUGGAGAUGCUCCAAGUUAAUUGUUCGGCCCUGGCUUCAGCAUUCGCGCGUACAUCUGGACUUCUUUAUAGCUCCUUAAAGAGUCCCCGUAUGUCAGAUGAUUCAUGGACGUGACCUUCACGCAUUCUUCGAUCCCUUCCUUUGGGAUCUUUUCUGGCGUCAUCACUCAAAGGGUUGGCCACGUAUUUUCCAUGGGUGGGAACUGUCACGAGCCUCUUCGAAAACAAGAGGCAGCUGGUUGUUCCCAGUCAUGAGGAGAGUGUGAAUGACUUGGCAGCUGAGAAACAUGCACAGGAAUUGCUGUGGAUAACAAGUAAGAUGAUAGAGUGCGGUGCUGUGGAUGAAGUUUUGGUGCAAUGGAGCUUAUCUUCUGGCUUGGCUUCCAUUUCCCUCUUGUCUAAUCUCAGGGUGCAAGGAUUCAUUGUCAAGAUCACAGCGAUGUUAAUUGGAGAGCUUAACAAAGUUAAAGAUGAAGUUCCAAGGCAAGUGAAGUUCAACAUACUCGUGUUGUGGAUUCCGGUGUUGUGUUUUGCAGAAAAUGGAGUUUCAUAUCCAGUAUUGACGGGAUAUGAGAGGUUGGAGAUGGAGAAGACAAUGAACGAUUUGAUCUCUACGCUACCCAGCAUUGAUCAGGAGGCUAUUCUGACCAACUGGAUGCAAGAUUUCAUGACAACAUCUUCGGACUGGCCAAAUCUCCAAGAGUCAUAUGACCAUUGGUGCCAUUCCACUCGUGAGUUCAAUAUGCUUGAAGGAGAACAACUUUGUGAGUCUACUCUAAAUAUAGAGUAUAAAAUAUAG